AUGAAGGAAGCCGCCGAGAUUUGCAUACAGAAUUACAAGAAACAACUGCUCCAAAAAGAAGAAGCUCUGAGGAUAUUCCGUGAACUCGCUGAAGAGAAACUCGCAGCCAGCUCGCGCCCAAUCGUUGAGAAAGAAAUCAUUCGUGAGGAAGUGCGAGUGAAAGACGAAGAAACUGAAGAGCGCCUCAAACAGUCGUUUGGAGAAGUCGCUAGACUGAAGGAGGAACUCGAAGAACUCGAAAAGGCAAACCGAGCACUAUACCGAAAACAACGACAGAGUGUUACCACCGCGCUGAAUACGGUCGAAUGCCAAACAGAUACACAAACAGAAGAUACGGCUCCUGUCGAGAAGGAUGUCAGCAUAGAUAAGAACGAACAGUCACGGAACUCUCCGGAGAUGGACGAUUUCGAGCCAAGCACGGAAAAGAAAAUGGAAGCGGAACGAGCGAGAUACAAGAACGAAAUUAAGCAACAUGUUGCAAAAGAUCGGGAUAGACCGCUCUGGCCUGAGAAUCAGCUGCUUCGAAAAGCGACAACGAGGAUCAAGGAGUCAGACGAACAAGCCAUGUUAAAGAUACGAUACGAUCUUGAGAGAAUACGGAAGGAAAACAAAAUGCUGCGAAAAACAGUUGACGAGCAAAAGUCGGCUCUUGAUAGUUUGAAGAAAACAACGGAACAAGGACAAAAGAACCCCGAGGUAAACUACAGUAACUCUUCAGAACUUCAGUCGGAAAUUUCGAAAUGGAAUGAACGAAAGAAACUUGAGGAAAAUUUGAGUUCUGUGAAAAGGAAACUGUCGGACGACGAGUUACUGAAGAAGGAACUCGAUCGUGCUCAGCGGAGGGUCGCGCAGAUUCAGGAAGAGAAGGAUGAAUUAUUGCGGAAGAACCACGACAGGUCAAAGUUGAAGUCCCGUUUGAACGAGAAGGUCGACGAAUUGGAGAAAAAGGCUGAAGAAGUCUCCGCACUUUCCAUUCGACUAGAAACCCUUCAAGAAGAAUAUUCAAAAUUAACGAGGGAGUAUGAAAGGACGAAGGCUGAGCUCGAGCAUCGGGAAGCAGCUUCUCGACGAGUGGAACUUUACUCAAAAGCAAUUCAAGCAGUCACUUGGGCGUCUACCCAGUGCACACAGACAUCGGACCAUAAAGUCACUCAAAUAGAGAAAGUAGACAGAGCUGUAGAAGUUCGAGGGGCAACUCGACCAGAACAACCGUCUGAAAUGAAAGUGAUCGUCGCAAUGGAUGACACACUCGUAUUCCAGUUUGAGAGAAAACCAAGAAAACAUGGAGAAUGGUAA